AAGCUUGUAAACGAUUGUUGUCAUUACCAUGUUUUAACAACGUUUUUUGUUGUUGAAUCUACCACCGACAAUAAUUUUACCAUGAAAAACAUUGUCAGUGACUUCUAAAUGUAUGGAAAAAUGCCUGAAAAAAUGCUGUUAAGAUACAUAACGACCCCCUUUUUCAUUGUAAAAAUGGCAAAAACGAUGUUUUCUAUUGUUCUGGACAAUGAUAUUUAAUGUAAAAUUGAUGUAUCUACGAUGAAAAACAUAGUUAAAUUAUGGUAUAACUAUGUACAGUUACAGCAAUUUUUAAGGUUUUUUUAAUGUUUUGUUAAUGUUAUUUUUUUUCGGGUUUAUUUGCAAAACUCAACUAUCAAAAAACGUGACUGUUUCCUUCUGUCAUAAAUAUUUACAUUUUCAGAAAUGCUAUUUAGCUCUUUGAUUACAAGUAAUAUUAAAGAGAAGAAGAUUGGACUAGCAGCUUUUGAAAAUUACAGCGUGGUGAAGCUGCUUUUUUUCCUUGAUUCAAUAGCUCGAGCCUCACGUUUCCGCAACGGUCUAAUCGGUUGCACGAAACAAUUGUCUCGUCGUCCUUCUCGUCCUCACUUAUACUUCCGCAUUGUUUCAUUAGCGUUUUUAACGUAUGCGUUAAAAAAAUGGACUUUUUUCGGAUAGUGGUAAAAAAUAACUAGGACAGAUAAUUGAGUUUGAUAAAUUUCCUAUGGAAGGUAAUUAUGUUAGCUUACUUGCAAAAAAAUCUACGCUCUUGCGCGCGGCCUUCCGGCCGUUAACCGGAACAACAUGUGUGUAGGCAUGUUUUUUAAUUCAGCAGUCGAGUGUUUGAUUGAGCGCUAAAUCUAUCACAAAUUGGCGACGAGGAUAGCUGUCAAUUCGUGUUUUCGGGGGGAAUCGGUGGUUCACUAACCAGAUUCAGUAACGGUGUGUGCGUGAAAGCGGUGGCACUGCGUCUGGAGAGCAGGAGAGAAUUUUUGCAUAAAACAGCUCGCCAGUGAGUUGUGUCAUAGUCUGUGUCUAGUAAACAGAAAGAAACGACUGAACAAGCUCUGUGCCUAGUAAACAGAACAGUCCGCGUCUAGUAAGCGGCGGAAAAUUGCAAAGUCUACGAGUUGGUGGAAAACUUGAAUGAAGAGCCCGCAUCUAGAUAGCGGUAGAAAUUUGUUGGUUGCAAAUUGGAAGCUCUGUGUCGAAAGGAAAACUUUUGGCUAGGUGGAGUUUGUUAUACUGCGUCUGAAUAGUGAUUAUUACGGUGCUGCAUUCGUGAAGCAAUGGAUGAAAACAAAUUCUUUUCUAAGCUGCCGGCAUUUACAAUCGCCGGAGUUCCUCUAACGGAUCGCAGGAAUAGAUGGAACACUUGGAAAAGAGUGUUCGAAAUCUGUUUAAGAGCAACGAAAGUAAAAGAUGGAACAGAGAAGAAUGAUAUGCUUCUGGCGUGCGGCUCGUUUGAACUUCAAGACAUUUUCUUCAAUAUCCCUGGAGCUGACGUGGCUGCUAAUGAAAAAGAAGGAAUCGAUCCAUAUGUCGUGGCGAUUGGGAAACUGCAUGAUUAUUUCGCACCCCAAAGACAUGAGGCUCACGAACGCUUUCUGUUUUGGGCUAUGAAGCCAGAGCCGGAGGAAACACUGGAAAAAUUCUUAAUACGUGCGCAAGCUCAUGGGUCGAAAAGUAAUUUUGGAAAAUCCGCUUCGGAAAGUGCCGGUAUAGCGAUUGUGGAUAAGAUGCUCCAGUUUAUGCCCAAUCAGCUGCGGGCAAAGUUGCUUCAGGAGAAAGAUCUGACGCUAGAGGAAGUGAUUAAACAAGUAAACUUAUUUGAGACCUCACGUGUGGCUAGCGAUCAAAUGGCUGGUCAAAGUAGUCCGCUGCAAGCAAACAGACCUGCUGAUAAUAUUCAGUAUGUUGCGACGCCCUGUAGAUUCUGUGCUCGUUUGCACGGAAAACAGCUUCGUCCGGCACGAGAUAAAACAUGUGCGAACUGCCAAAAACGUGGUCAUUAUGCUGCGGCUUGCUACUCAUCGCCGGGACAGGUGUCAUCGAGCAAACCAUUUAGCAGUAAUAACUUGAACAGACACACUUCUUUCAAAAGACCUUACGAGCAAUCGUCUCCUUCUGGUUCAGGUCAAAUUUCGGGUCCAAUAGCGAAGAGAAAAGUAACGCAAUUUACUCGGAAAGUACAUGCUAUUGAGGAUCAAAGCGAAGAAGAACAAGUUGAACUUGUCGAGAUGGUUUCUUCUGGUAACGAUUCCGAUGAGUUGAUCUGGGCCAAAGUAGGUGGCGUUCUUAUCGAGAUGCAAAUAGACUCGGGGGUUCAAUCGAACAUCAUUGACGAUCGGACAUGGGACUCGAUGAACCGGAAUGGAAUUGACGUGAUUGGAGAGAUUCGUGGGUCUGACCAAAGAUAGGUUCAAGGCGUAUGCUCAAGCAGAUUGCUUAGAAGUAAUUGCUAUGUUUGAUGCAGAAAUCGCCAUUCCGGAUGGACACAAGCAGCUCAAAGCUGUGUCACGUUUUGCCUUUCUCCUAGAAAGGUAUAGCAAUCAUUUAUAUUGUGAGAAACGGACCUCAGCCUCUGUUGGGAAAGCAGACGGCGAAGCAAUUAGGGGUGUUAGUGGUCGGAUUGCCAAGUCAGCGGGAACUGGUCCAUCAAGUCGAUGCCUGUCGGAUAUUCCCUUGUAUCCGAGGGGUGAAAAUAAGUAUUCCUGUAGAUAAGUCGACCGAACCAAUUGCUCAGUGUCUCCGCCGUUUACCAUUACCGAUGUUGGGGAAGGUAGAUGAAAAACUGAACGAUUUGCUGUCCAAAGAUAUAAUUGAGAGGGUGUCUGAACAGAGCCGUUGGGUGUCACCAAUGGUUAUAGUGGUCAAGGACAACGGAGACAUAAGACUUUGUAUCGAUAUGCGGCGGCUUAACACAUCCACUACCUACGAUAGAGGAGGUACGUUGGAGAUUGAAUGGGGCCUAGUUUUUCUCUCGGCUUGAUAUUAAAGAUGCCCUUCAUCAGCUCCAGCUCGACGAUGGGAGUAAACAUCUAACUACUUUUAUUACCCACCGCGGACUUUUCCGGUAUAAGCGUUUAGUUUUCGGAAUCUCAUGCGCACCGGAGAUUUUUCAGAACACUCUGGAGCAGAUUUUGGGGGAUUGUGAUAACACGAUGAAUUUCAUUGACGACAUUGUGGUAACGGGUAGGUCGGGGGUUGAACAUGAUUUGGCAUUGGAGAAGGUCCUCAAGAAGCUUAGUGACUACGGGGUGCUUUUAAGUCAAUCGAAGUGUGCUUUCAAACUUACCGAGAUCGAGUUCAUCGGUCAGCGGUCAAUCAAGAAGGAAUGAUACCUUCUCAAGGUAAAAUUGAGGCCAUCCAAAGUUUCCAUCCACCAAAAAGUUGCGAAGAAGUCCGUAGUUUCUUAGGGCUUGUAAACUACGUAGGAUCGUUUAUUCCGAACUUAGCGACGAUUUCGUCUCCACUCCGCGAGCUUACCAAGAACAAUUCAUCUUUCGUCUGGGAAAGAGAUCAACAACAAGCCUUCAAAGAGCUAAUUCGUCUGGUAGGGAACAUCCACACACUAGCUCACUUCGACCCGAAACUAAAAACUAGAGUCGUGGCAGACGCUUCUCCGGUGGGGUUAGGGGCAGUCCUUUUACAGUUCCAAGAAGAUCGUCUAAGGGUCGUUGCGUACGCCAGUAAAAGUUUAACAAACACAGAGUGCCGGUACGCACAGACAGAGAAGGAAGCUUUGGCGCUAGUCUAGGCCGUUGAACGUUUCCAAGUUUAUUUGUUUGGAAUACGUUUUGAGUUGGAAACAGAUCAUAAGCCUCUCGAGUCUAUCUUUACGCUUACGUCAUCACCGUGUUUGAGGAUUGAGCGUUGGGUCCUGAGGCUUCAGGCAUUCAACUACGAGGUCGUGUAUCGUAAGGGGAAGUCAAAUAUCGCCGAUCCACUGUCCCGGUUGUCACGCCCUUCUAAAAUUGAGGAGUUCGACCCAGAUUCCGAUGUUUACAUCUGAAACGUUAUAGAACACACAGCUGUUGACGUAGAUGAAGUUGAAAUGGCUUCUGCUAAUGACCCAGAAAUGCAAGCCUUGAGAGAAUGUUUACAAAAGGGAGUGUGGAAUUACACAAAUGAUAUACUGAAGCCCUAUCAUGCCUUCCGAGCUGAGUUCGGGACCGUUGGAGAUUUGAUUGUUAGAGGCAGCAGAUUGGUUAUACCUAGAAGUCUCAGGCAAAGACUACUUGAGCUUGGCCAUGAAGGACAUCCCGGAAGAACGAAGAUGCAGCAGCGCUUGAGAUGUAAUUGUUGGUGGCCGGGAAUGGACGACUCAAUGUCGACUGGUGAGUAUACCCGACCGACCAGAGCCUAUGAUGAGGAGAGCUUUGCCUGAAAAACCGUGGGUUGAUGUGGCAAUCGAUUUUCUUGGGCCUCUUCCAUCGGGUGAUUAUUUGCUGGUGAUUAUCGAUUAUUUCAGUCGAUACAAAGAGGUCGAGAUUCUUAAGAAGAUCACUGCAAGUGAGACAGCUGAGCGUCUAGAAAGGAUUUUCGUGAGACUUGGGUAUCCAAGAACAAUCACUCUCGACAACGGGCGUCAGUUCGUGAGCACGGUUUUCGAUCAUUAUUGUAAACAGAAGGGAAUUGUGCUCAACAAAACUACUCCAUAUUGGCCGCAGGAAAAUGGCCUCGUUGAGCGCCAGAACAGAUCACUCGUUAAAAGGCUUAAGAUUAGUCAAGCUCUAAAAUCCGAUUGGAAGGCUGAUCUGAGUGCGUACCUCUCGAUGUAUUAUGCAACGCCUCACAGUACUACAGGAAAAACACCAAGUGAGUUGAUGUUCGGUCGAACCAUACAGACUAAAAUACCCUCUUUUCAGGACGUCAGUACAUGUACAACAGCGCUAGUUUCUUCGGACUAUAGGGAUCGGGAUUUGCAGCUGAAGGAGAAGGGAAGGAUAUCGGAGGACCAAAGACGGAAAGCUAAAUUAUCGGAAAUCGUUGAGGGCGAUAAAGUGUUGAUGAAAAAUGUCAUUCCUGGUAAUAAGCUCACCACUACGUUCAACCCCACCGUAAUGACAGUUAUUAGCAAGCAAGGCCCACGAGUAACUGUACAGAAUGAAGAGUCUGGAAAGGUAUAUGACAGAAACUCGAGCCAUCUGAAGAGACUCAACGACGCUGCGGAAAAUACACCGCUCGACGAAGUCACAGCAACGAAGACUGAUGAACCACAAGAGCAGAACCAGACGGAUCCAGUCGAAUCUGGCAGAAAUCAGGAGGGAAAUCACGUCUCACCACCGAAGUUCGUUGGAGCAGAAACGGUUGCAGGACAACUCCGUCCCCAGCGUGUAAUCAAACGUCCGAAUCGAUUCUUGCAGUAGAAGGGAAUCAUUUAUUUCGAAAUAUUUCACAUUCAAUACAUCGAAUUACAUUACAAACAUACCAUUGUAACAUUCAAAUCUUAGUCUCUGAAACAAGGGGAGAUGUGGUGAUAGGUCUGCACUGAAUCUAUGGAAAAGCUUUGAGUAGAGAGAAUAAAGAUGGUUUGUAAGUAAAGCA